AAAAACAAAGUUAUAACAAUGUUGCGAUUUGUUGCCGGACGUAUUGGCUCAGCUGUCCGUGGUGUUGUUGCUGUACCCAGGACUUCCGCAGCUAUUGGCGUUACUUCAACUAGAAAUUCUUCUCAUGGUCCUGAGGAAACUGACGAAGAAUUUGAUACUAGAAUGGAGAAUUACUUCAACCGCAAGGACAUUGAUAGCUGGGAAAUUCGUACUGCAAUGAAUGAUUUAGCUGGUAUGGAUCUUGUCCCUGAACCCAGAAUUGUAAGUGCAGCAUUGAAAGCUUGUCGUCGUUUGAACGAUUACGCAUUGGCUGUCAGAUUUCUUGAAGUUGUCAGAUACAAAGGUGGUGACCAAGCUCAUGUUAUUUGGCCAUACAUCGUUCAGGAAAUCAGACCAACUCUCGAUGAACUGGGAAUCCUCACCCCCGAAGAAAUGGGAUACGAUAAACCAGAAUUAGCUCUUAUUUCUCCAUACGAAGUGUAA